AUGUCCAUUCCGCUGAUAACCUGGGAGGCCCCUGAGCCUGAAGGGCCUCUUGAGAUGUUCGACGGGAAGUCGGAAGAGAAUCCGCUCUUGCAUAUGUCUCUGGAAGAGGUGAUUGAACGCGAAAAGGACCGAAAGCAGCACCAACAUCCCGCACCCUGUUCGUUGUUCGUGGUCACCGGGGGUCUUGUAUCUCCUCGGGAUAUCCUUUCGUUCUUUCUGCCGUUUAAUCCUCUUCACGUCGAAUUCUUGUUACCCCAUGGAGGUGUGGAUCUUGAGGGGAACUGCCUCCAGGAAGGGGGGCCCUCAGGGAUGCAGCAGCCUGAGACUGCCUGUGUGGUGUUCCCUUCGCCAGCAGCUGCUGCCUCGGCACUGCAGCAACGCAGCAGCCCGUGUGACUUUCUGCUGCAACGCCAUAAGGAGCAGCUGCAGCUGGCGAUCCGCCAGCAAGAGGAACUGCUCGAAGGGGAAGCAGAGGAGGGGGAGGUUGACAUGCAGCAGCAGCAGCAGCAGCAGCUGGCCUCACUAAAGGAUCAGCUCUCAAAUAUUGAUCAGUUGGAACAGAAUGCAGACAAAGAUCGUGGCCUCCGGCUCUGCCUUGAGCAGCUUGCCCAGACUGUCGCAGUGGCAAGCAGCAGCGACGGCAAGUCUUACCAGCUGCUGCUGCGGCGAACAGCUGCUGCGGACCUUCCAGCUGCAUCACCAGAGGCAGCAGCAGAUCCCUCAAGAGUGGUGCAGCUUCGGUCUACUCUGAACUUCACGCUGGCAGCCGCCGCUGCUUCGGGGGAUCCCCUUGGCCCCCCCAGUGAGACAGCCGGGAUAGAAGAGAGGGCCUUGCUGCAAGACACAGUCGCUGUGCAGGUCAGCCGACUGCUGCCCUUAUGCCUUGACUGCUGCCCUUAUGCCUUGACUGCUGCCCUCCUGCCUUGA